AUGGGGUCAAUCGCCCUUCCUGAGCAAUAUGUCGUCAGCGACCAAUACAUCCACCAACCGCGUCGGAUUCGAAUCAUCGUUGUUGGUGCUGGAAUAUCGGGAAUAGCCUUCGCUUACAAGGCCAAGGAGCUGGAAAACGUUGAAUAUCAGAUCUACGAGAAGAACGGAGACGUUGGAGGUACUUGGCUGGAGUCCCGAUACCCUGGAUGUUCAUGCGAUAUCCCGGCGCAUUCCUACACCUAUCCCUGGAUCGGAAAUCCGGACUGGUCUGGGGUAUAUGCCGGUGCGGAGGAAAUCUGGAAAUUUUACCGGGACAGAGCCGAAGAGUAUGGAGUAUACGAGAAGACGAAAUUCAAUCAUAGGGUUGCUGGUUUGACAUGGAACGAGAACGAUGGGAAAUGGAUGGUGAAAAUUGAAGAUCUAAAGAGUGGACAGGUGAUAGAAGACUCAGCGGAGGUUGUCAUCAAUUGCGCUGGAGUGCUGAACAAGUGGAAGUGGCCCGAUAUUCCUGGCCUUCACUCAUUCGAAGGAAAGCUCGUGCAUACAGCCUGCUAUCCUCAAGACCUUGAUUUGAGGGGAAAGACAGUCGCCGUUAUCGGCGCAGGUUCAUCAGGAAUCCAGGUGGUCCCUACAAUUCAACCCAUUGUCAAGUCUCUUAUCAGCUUCAAUAGGUCUCCCACUUGGAUUGCACCUCAGUUUGCUGGUCACCUGGCAUCAGCCGGACGAGCAACGAAAUACACAGAAGAAGAAAAAGAGAAAUUCCGUAACGAUCGUGAGUACCUACGGAAGUACCGACAGGAAAUUGACCAUGCAAUCAAUUCCAGAUUCCCGAACUUCUACAAAGGCUCGCAAGAGCAGAAGAUUUCACGAGAGAUUGUCGAGAAGGGAAUGCGGGAAAGACUUUCGAAGAUGGAUCCAGAGCUUCGCGAGAAGCUGAUUCCAGACUUUGAUGUGGGAUGUAGACGUGUCACUCCUGGCGAUGGCUACCUGGAAGCACUGCAAGAACCUAAUGUCGAGGUUGUCAGAACUUCAAUCCAGGAGAUCAACAAUGAAGGCGUAGUCACAGCUGAUGGGAAGACCUACCCAGCUGAUGUUAUCAUUGCAGCCACGGGCUACGAUACGUCCUAUGUUCCUCCGUUCCCACUCAUCGGAAGGAACGGCGUGGAUCUUGGAAAAAGGUGGGCAAAGACGGGCGCAGAGGCCUAUUUUACUUGUGCUGUACCAGACAUGCCGAACUACUUCAUGGUUGUUGGGCCAAACACGCCAAUAUCGAACGGUUCGCUUAUGCCUGCUAUUGAAAAUCAACUGGAAUUUGCGUUAAGCUUCGCAAAUAAGAUCCAAAGAGAAGGAGUGAAGUCAGUAGUGGUUAGCCAACAGGCGACGACGGAGUUCAACGAUCACAAGGAUGCGGUCAUGGAACUGUUGACUUUUUCCGGGAACUGCAAUAGUUGGUACAAAGGAGGAACAUCAAAUGGCAGGAUCGUUGGCCCGUGGGCUGGUUCGCUUAAUCAUUUCUUAGAGAGCAUAAGGGAUCCUCGCCUGCAGGACUUUGAGUUUACAUAUGAGAGCGCGAACAGGUUUGCCUAUCUCGGUCGUGGGCUUUCGCUUAAAGAUAUCAAGAAAGAGGACCUCGCCUGGUACAUUAGAUAG